UGCAAAGAUGCUCUGACGUCACCGUGUUGAAAUAUUUUCCCGUUGCUCAGCCGGUGUGGAGCUGACAGUCCGCUCAAGUUGCCGGAGAGCGCGCCCGCCCUGCUUCCACUCGUGCGUCAUGACCACGGAGCUGUCCAGGAGUUCUGAAGGAGGGUGUCGUCUCCAAACUCCGUGCGCAGUGAAGGAUGGCUUUUCAGUUAAUGAAGUGAAGAGAUGGGACACAGAGGGCUUGUGUUAACAUUCUCCGUGAUCAAGUGAUGGGAGUGUUGAGUGCCAACUGACUGAAGUUUUCUCCUUUUUCUGCUUUGGGGACAGUGGGCAGUUCAGUCAGUUAAGCGACUAAAACAAGCAGAAAAUACGGAACGCAGAAUCAAUUAGAAAACCAUGUACUGCUCAUAUACGUGGAGAGAUGGCAUGCGUCCUCCUCUUCAGUCGACUUCUGCCCUUCUCACACAGGCUUACAAGAACAUCAAUUUGUUUAUUAUCCCUUUUCCUAUCAUAUUUGUGCUACUGUGCACUAUUUCCUGCCUAUAUCAUCAUACAAAAGUCAGGUGAUCUGACGCCCAGCUGUCAGCGUGUCCUGGCUGAUGGAGCAAAAAGGACCCUUCAGAAAUCCGUGUCCUGCUUUUUCCCGUUGGAUGCGAAGCUGACCAGUGCUGAGUCGUCUCAGAUGAAAGCCGACCAAAGACACUUGUCUACACAGCACAACGCCAGGAACGACACGCUCAGUCCCCCGGUCGGUUAUGUGAAGUUUGGGAUCAAAAGGUUACCAAAUGCCAUUAUAGUUGGUGUGAAAAAGGGGGGGACCAGGGCUGUUCUGGAGUUCAUAAGAAUUCAUCCUGAUGUGCGAGCAGCUGGAACAGAGACACACUUCUUCGACAGGAACUAUGACAGAGGACCGGAGUGGUACAGAGGUUUAAUGCCAAGGACUCUUGACAGCCAAAUCACAAUGGAGAAGACGCCAAGCUACUUUGUCACAAAAGAAACCCCACACAGGAUCGCUGCCAUGUCCCGAGAUACCAAACUCAUAGUGGUGGUGCGAGACCCCGUCACUCGUGCAAUAUCAGAUUACACUCAGACGUUAUCUAAAACUCCUGACCUGCCCAGCUUCCAGGAGCUGGCCUUCAGAAACCAGAGCCUGGGCAUUGUGGACACGUCCUGGAACGCCAUUCGAAUCGGCCUGUACGCUAUGCACCUUGAAAACUGGCUCCACUACUUCCCUCUGGCUCAGAUCCACUUUGUGAGUGGAGAGCGUCUUAUCACAGAUCCAGCCGGAGAGUUGGCUCGGGUGCAGGACUUCCUUGGCUUAAAGCGCAUUGUCACUGAUAAACACUUCUACUUCAACCGCACCAAGGGCUUCCCUUGCCUUAAAAAGCCAGAGAGCAGCGGCUCGCCCCGCUGCCUUGGCAAGUCCAAGGGCAGAACUCAUGUGCAGAUAGACAGAGAUGCUAUUGAGCAACUGCGAGACUUCUACAGGCCCUACAAUGUCAGGUUUUAUGAAAUGGUGGGCCAUGACUUCAAGUGGGAAUAGAGGUCUGAGACAUAUUUUUAUAUGGAACAAGAUUUAUGUGCUCCGGGAAUGUUCUUGACUGGCCAACAUGUUAUGGCUAAGCUACUAUCAGCAGUCUCCAGGCUGUUUUCAAGUGCAACAGCAAAAGCAGGAUUAUUCUUUGAAGUGACACUAAUGAACAAAGCACAAUCUAAGAGGACUUGCUUUUUUUUUUUGCUUGUAAUGGCCACUUACCAGCCAGCAUCAGCAUCCUGUUGUUGACAUCAUUUCAGCUUCAGGAACACAUGAUUUCUGAUACUGUAUAUUAUUGCUGACUAGUUUCCCCACUUGCUGACUGGCUUAUUAAAAAAAGAGGUUCCAGGGAAUGGGAUUAGUUCCUCUUAAAACCUGCUGGACUAAUCAAAGCAUGAUGUAAAAGCAAGACCUUGCAAAAUGUCAGUGAAGUCUUCAGGGAAAAUAGAAUUCAGCUGCAGCACUGUGGUAGUAAAUCCAAAAUGUAAAGCCAUAACACAAUUGUGAACCACCUCUGUACAGAGCAAAACUUUUUUUUCCCAUUUUUUUUCAGCAUGAAUCAUUAUUAUAUGCUGUAACAGGCAGCACUUCACUUUGUACUUUGGGAUUCAUUUGCAAAACAAUGUGUAUACCUUUGUUUCAGUAUUUCAUCACUGCCUCAUGCACAAUGCUUGUCCGCAAACCUCAUUAAAUGAAACAGAAGCACAAAUACUUUUAUGAAAUUAUUAAUUCUCUGUCAUUCCAAACCUUGACCUUGAUAAAUUGCAUUUCACAAAAAAAACGCAUGCUGAGUGGUUUUUUUAAACCCCUUCUUACUUGUCGCUUUUGUUUGAUUCUUAUAAACCCACGUACCAAAUCAAACAUUUGUCCUACAAGCUCGGCAUCAUGAUGAGUUCUUAGAAAAUCUUCUUCGAAUCUGCUCCUGUUUCACAUCUAGUUAAUACAAUAGUUAUUUUCAGCUGAUUAGACCACUUAGAGUUUUUACAUUUGUCAUCUGUGGCGCCAGUGGAAACAUAUCCUUUGAGAUUUACUGCAUUGUGAAAGGUUUGUUGUGGGCCGUGGUGGUAGGUGGAUGAGUGGGUGUAGGUGUAAGGAAUUUCAAUCACCUUUCAAAGACAAAGCAGGGAACACCUAGUCCUGGCAGGUUAUCAAAAAGAUUCUAGGUCUGCAUGUCACAUGAUUGCUGUGAAAAGUUUGGAUUUGGCUUUAUGGUGUGAAUACUAAAGCCAGGCUGGCUGAACCUGGGGCAGAGGGAUGCACUAGUACGGAAUAAAAACACUAUGAUACAAGAAGGGGGAUGCAAGUAUAUGCUUUAUGAUUUGAAGCAGUGUAGAGUGAAUCAUCAGGCACAGAAAUGCCCCAUCACACAAUGUGAUAUUAACAUUAAUCCUUUAGAUUACUCUCUAAAUGUAUGCUUUAAAUUACAGUCAAAUCAUUUAGUCAGUCAUUUAGGGUGCUAAUAUCUAUAUGUAUACAGAAGAAGAAGACAUUGAACAAAGGAGUAACAACUUUGUAUAGUACCUUUUCCAUGUUAAUAUGUAUGGCUACAGCAAUAUUAUUAACAGGUUACAAGGCAGGUAGAGAAAAUAAAUUAAAACCAUGACCAUGUGGAAGCUGAAAAUAUAAAAUGAGAGUGUAUUGUGUCUUUUUAUUAUUAUGAAAUAUUUACUAAAACUGCUUUUGG